AUGGAUGGCAUUAACUGGAGAUAUGACGUUAGAGAUGAAGAAAAAGUUGAUGAUGAUGAAGAAAAUGAUGAUGAUGGUGAGGAAGAUGAUGAUGAUGAAGAAGAUGAUGAUGAAGAUGUUGAAAAAGAAGUUGAUGAUGAUGAAGAAUAUGAAGAUGAUGAAGAAUAUGAUGAUGAUGAAGAUGUUGAAGAUGAAGUUGAUGAUGAUGAAGAAUAUGAAGAUGAUGAAGAAUAUGAUGAUGAUGAAGAUGUUGAAGAUGAUGAUGAUGAAGAUGAAGAUAUUGAAGAUGACGAUGACGAAAAAGAUGAUGGUGAAGAAAAUGAUGUAGAUGAAGAAGAAGACGAUGAUGAUGACGAUGAUGAAGAAGAAGACGAUGAUGAUGACGAUGAUGAAGAAGAUGAAAAAGAUGAGGAUGAAAAAGAUGAGGAUGAAGAAGAUGGAGAUGAUGAUGAAAAAAAAGAAGAAGAGGAAAAAGAAAAUAAUGAUGAGGAUGAAGAAGAUGGUGAUGAAGAUGGUGACAAAGAUGAUGAUGAUGAUGGUGACGGUAGUGACGGUAGUGAUGAUUUGCAGCAGAUCAACCUCAACAACAAUCACAACAACAACCUUAACAACAACUUCAACAAGAAUCACAACCUCAACCUCCACAACAACCACAACAACAACCUCAACAACAAUCACAACAACAACCUUAACAACAACUUCAACAAGAAUCACAACCUCAAUCUCCACAACAACAACAACAACAAAAACAACAACGACAGCAACGACAAUAGCUGCAACAACAAAACCACAGCAAAAUUUUUUUUUUGUUCUACUCUCCAAAAACCAGCCUCUGACGAAUGCAGUGACGUCAAAACGCCAAUGCAUCAAAUUUCAAUUAAAAAAAUAUUGAAGAUUUUGAAAUAUCUCCGUUUAAGAGUAAAAAUGCAGAAUAAGAAAAUAAAAAAUAAGAGGAAGAAGAAAAAGGAAAAAGAAAAUGAUGAUAACAAAAAAGAAGAAGAAGAUGACGAGGAGGAAGAAGAUGAUGAUGAUGCCAAUGAUAAUGAAGAUAACGAUGAUAGUAGCCGUAUAGCUAUCAGAAGUACAGCAGCUAAAGAUCAUGAUGUUCGUUGCGUCUGCCCAGACACGAUGGUGACGUUAAUGUGA